AUGGAGAAUUAUCAAAAGGUGGAGAAAGUAGGUGAAGGCACGUACGGGAUUGUAUACAAGGCAAGAGAACUCACGACCGGACGCAUUGUUGCUCUCAAGAAAAUUCGCCUGGAACCAGAUGAAGAAGGUAUUCCGUCUACUGCCAUGCGUGAAAUAUCGCUCCUCAAGGAACUAUCCUCGCAUCCAAAUGUCGUGUAUCUGUAUGAUGCAAUCUACCAGAAGAAUAAACUCUACUUGGUCUUUGAGUUUGUCGAACAAGAUCUAAAGCGCUGUUUAGAAAAACUUCCUGCUAGAAUGGAAGUUUUUCAAAUCAAGAGCUAUUUGUAUCAGCUACUAGCUGGUAUCGCCUUUUGUCACGCGAAUCGAGUGUUACAUCGCGAUCUCAAACCGCAGAAUUUACUGAUUGAUCAAUAUGGAAACCUCAAGCUGGGAGAUUUUGGACUAGCGAGAGAAUACGGCGUUCCAUUGCGACGUUAUACGCAUGAGGUUGUGACAUUGUGGUACCGAGCGCCGGAAGUGCUACUUGGUGCAAAACAUUAUUCCACGCCAGUCGACUCAUGGUCAAUUGGCUGUAUUUUUGCAGAAAUGGUCAACAAGCAGCCACUGUUUCCUGGUGACUCGGAGAUUGAUGAACUGUUUCGUAUUUUUCGUGUUUUGGGUACGCCCAAUGAGGUAUUGUGGCCAGGUGUAUCGACGUUACCAGAUUAUAAAACGUCGUUCCCUCAGUGGCGCCCUCAGUCCCUAUCGAAGGUUGUGCCUCAGUUAGACCGUGUCGGUGCAGACCUGCUCUCGCGUCUGCUCGUGUAUGACCCUAGUAGCCGCAUCUCAGCACGUGCUGCAAUGUCACAUCCGUGGUUUGCCGAUCUCCAUCCUCAAUAUGCUUCCUUUCGCAACAAUGGCAAUGGCACGCAGACGUUCUUUUAA